UCCCUUCAACCCCUCUCCCUCCGCCGUACGUUAGCAGUAGUGCUCUCUUGACCCUCCCCUCACGCUCCGUAUUCAAAGAAUGUUCGCAAAAAAUAUAGACCAGGCGUAUGACAGGGGCGACAUAUCAUUCAUUUUACUCAGCUCGGCACUUGUGCUGUUCAUGGUACCGGGCCUAGGGUUCCUCUACAGUGGUCUCGUCCGACGCAAAAAUGCUCUUUCAUUGCUCUGGGCUGUCUCCUUCUCCAAUGCCGUCGUGAUCUUCCAGUGGUACUUUUGGGGGUAUAGUUUAGCUUUCAGCGAAACAGCGACGAAUGGAUUCAUUGGAAACCUUUAUCAUUUUGGUCUAAUGCGUGUGCUGGACCAACCUUCCCCUGGAUCACCCCUCAUCCCCGCUCUCCUAUACGCAUUCUUCCAGAUGGAAUUUGCUUGCGUCACAGUUGGAAUUCUAGUCGGUGGAGUGGCCGAACGAGGACGGCUUGUGCCGGCGAUGAUAUUUUCCUUCAUCUGGGCCACAUUGGUCUAUUGUCCCGUUGCUCAGUGGGCGUGGGGCGUCAACGGAUGGGGUGCCAAGUGGGGUGUACUCGAUUAUGCUGGAGGCGGACCAGUCGAAAUUGCCAGUGGAAUCGGCGGUUUUGCAUAUGCGUUGGUUCUCGGACGACGGGGUGAACGAGAAGUGCUCAACUUUAGGCCCCACAAUGUUUCGCUGAUUUGUCUUGGGACGUUUAUACUAUGGUUCGGCUGGCUUGGCUUCAACGCGGGAUCCGCAUUCGGAGCCAACUUACGCGCUGUCUAUGCCGCAUGGAACUCCAAUAUUUGCGCUGCCUUUGGUGGGAUCGUAUGGUGUCUCCUCGACUAUUGGUCUACGAAGAAAUUCACCAUGGUUGGUUUUUGUUCCGGAACGAUUGCGGGGCUUGUAGCCGCUACCCCAAGUAGUGGUUUCAUUACCACUUGGGGAAGUGUUAUAACGGGGAUCGUCGCCGGUGCGGUGUGUAACUAUGCCACGAAACUCAAGUUUCUACUCAAGGUUGACGACACGCUCGAUAUAUUCGCUGAACACGCAGUUGGUGGGAUCAUAGGCCUCCUCGCGAAUGGGUUCUUCGCUGCAGACUAUGUCAUCUCAUUGGAUGGUGUAACCAUCAAUGUUACAGGUGGCUCGAUUGGACACAAUUAUUCCCGGCUCUACAAACAAUUCGUAUACUGCUGUGCCGUCUCCGGCUACGUUUUCGUCGUCACAGCUCUCUUGGCCAAACUAACCGAUCUCGUUCCCUUCCUAAGCCUCCGUGCAACAUCAGAUGGCGAAGAACGCGGAAUCGAUGAUGAUCAGAUCGGAGAAUUCGUUCAAGAUUUCGUUGAAGUUCGAAGGGACUUCGAUUCGUGGGCUUUCACGAGUGGUACGCCUCCUGAGUCUCAAAAGGAAUUAAAGGACCCGGAGAAGCAUGAGGGUGUUGUGAAUAGUGGGGAUGUGACAGAAGAGCAUCCCGUUGCUGCUGGUGGCAGACAGGGCCAGCCAGAUAUUAGGUUAUAUUUUUCGCCUUAUAUGCACGCUGGGUAUGCAGUGUAACCCUUCUUGCCUGCUACAGUGCUUGGCCUCCUUCGUACACUCCAAAAAGAGCUCUUCUCGCUUUGUGUACAUUUAUUGGCUUUCUUUUGUGGGAAGGCUGGUCUCUCGGUGUUUAUCUAGUUCGUCGUUCUCGUGAACUGAGCUUGUGUAUUACAUUUCUACUCCGCGCGAUAUUAAUUUACUAUAUG